CUAUGUGAGUAUCUUGGUCAUUUUACAUUACAUUCUCUUAAUCUAUAAUAGAGAUUUAUCUCUAGCCUUCCUUGUGGAUUUCAAAUGACGAAAAAAAUCAGAAAUAUUCAGUUCCCAAAGUACGCAACCUAAUAGAAUUCCGUUUGAUUCCUAAAGAUCAGGUUUCCCAAAUUGCUUCUACUUGGUCUGCUGACUCACACUCCUGAGAGAACGCCAUCUGUUGUUUUUUCUUUUGGGUGAACGGUGGGCAAUAUCAAAUAUUACUUUUCUUCCCCUACAAUUUUCAAUCAGUUUACACUCUGUUUGUUGUUAGUUUCGCUCUGUUCUUCGGCUUUGUUGCUGCUACUCUUUUGAUCACUUCCAGGUUUCUGGAAUUAACGUCCGAUUACUCUGUCUAACUACUCCGACUUUAUAAGAUGUCGGAGGAUAAAAAAGAUGUGCAUAUAUCAUGUUCAGGACAAAAGAACAAAAGUCCAUGCUUGACAGAUAGAAGUGCUGAAAUGAAAUUCAAUCGUCGUAAAAAAUAUAAGGAAAUAUCAGCGGAUAGAAAGGAAGCAUUAUUGUUAAACCGCCGUAUGAAAGAGCUCGAUUCAAGAAAAUGUCUUCUAGAAAGUCGAACUCUGGAUAACUUAGUCAAAUUAAUAUCUCUAAGUAAUUCAACGCUUCAAAGGGAGAGUGCUCUCAUGAUAAGAGAUUUUUCUCUUACUUCAAAUCAAGAGUUUUUUAGAAUUGAAGUUUUGCAAGGUAUUCUUGAUGUCUUAAGACAAGGUGAAAGAGAUGCUUCUAGAAUCGGAAAACAAACUUUCCUUCCUGUUACAUUUACAGGGGGACCAAGAGAUAUGCGCCAGCGAUAUAUGGAUGCUAUUUCUUUGGUACAACGUUUUGGAAUACCUGACUUGUUUCUAACGAUGACAUGCAACCCAUUAUGGCUAGAAAUAAAAGAAUAUUUGUUAUCUACUGAUGAGGCACAAAAUAGACUUGACUUAAUUAGUCGAGUAUUUAGAGCAAAACUGGAAGAGCUAAAAAAUGCUAUAUUAAAAAGAAAUAUAUUUGGAAAGGUUGUUACUUUUAUGUACACUGUAGAAUUCCAGAAACGUGGUCUUCCACAUGCACAUUUCCUUAUUAUUCUUGCUAAUGAAUACAUAUUGUUGACACCUGAGUCUUACGGCAGAGUUGUUUGUGCUGAAUUACCUGAUCCUGAUAAAGAGCCUUACUUAUACUCACUUGUUGUACAUUAUAUGAUGCACAGUCUUUGUGGUCAUUUGAAUCCUGCAAAUUCAUGCAUGCAAAAUGGAUAUUGUAAAUUCAACUACCCUAAGAUUUUGCUGAUCGAACAUCAAAAGGAAAAAACUGUUAUCCAUGAAGCAAUAAAAAUUAGAGAACAAUUUCUCGAUAAUUCAUGGAUGGUACCAUAUAAUACUUUUUUACUUGGAAAGUUUAACUGUCAUAUGAAUAUCAAGAUAUGCUCAGAUAUUAAAAUUGUCAUGUAUCUUUACAAGUACAUAUGUAAAGGUCACGACAAAAUUUCUUUUUCUAUACAUGACAAUGAUAAAGACAAAGAGAUUGAUGAAAUAAAAGAAUAUCAGUUUGCUAGAUGGGUAUCUCCACCCAAAGAUAUACGGUAUUUAUUUGGUUUUUCUAUUAGUGAGAUGACACCAAGUGUUUAUCAUCUUCAAUUAUACCUUGAAGGACAACAAUAUGUUUCUUUUAAAAUCACUAAGAGUAUAAAUGCAAUUUUAAAAAAAUUUAUGAUUAGAAAAACAAUGUUGACAGAUUUGUUUGUCAUGAACCAAAUAGAUGAUUAUGCUAUAGAACUUAAGCAACUAAAUAAAGAGAUUCCAGAAUACUUUGUCUGGUUAGUUACAGAUAAGACAUGGACACGUCGAAAAUAACGUAUCGUUAUUAGAUGCAUUGUGACAUGUCAUCCAACAGAAGGUGAGAUAUAUUAUCUCAGACUAUUAUUACUGAAUAUGAGAGGACCAACAUCAUAUGAAGAUCUCCGUACUGUAAAUGGAAGAAGUUAUAUUACAUUUAGAGAGGUUGCUGAAAAAGAGGAUUAUUACAUUCUGACAACAGUUUGGUUGACUAUAUGAUUGAAGCUGCAAACUAUCUAAUGCCAUAUAGUUUAAGACGAUUAUUUGCUACGCUAUUGGUAUAUUGUACUCCUACUAAUCCAAAAGAGUUGUGGGAACAAUUUGAAGAUUCAAUGCCCGAAGACUUCAAAUGCUUGCCAAAUGAUGGAUUUAAAGAUAUUCAUCAUAGAGUCCUGAACUAGAUCAAUGACGAAUUACAAUCGAUGGGACACGACAUUAACAAGUCCAAACUUGUUGCAGAAAACAUUAGAGCUUUUGCAAUUGCAAAAGAGGCAAAAGAAGUUCAUUUUGAGAGAAGCCUAAGAGUUUCCGAACAAGAUUUAUUAUUAGAGAAAAAACUAAAUAUAGAUCAACGAAGAGCAUACAAUAUGAUUGUUGAUAGAAUAUUUUCCAACAAAUCAGGAGCUUUUUUUAUUGACAGGCCAGGAGGAACUGGUAAAAAUUUUUUAUAUCGAAGUUUGUUGGCUACGAUAAGAUCUAAGGGAUUUGUAGCACUAGCAAUUGCAACUUCUAGUGUUGCAGCUUCUAUUCUUCCUGGAGGGCGAAUAGCUCAUUCGCACUUUAAGAUACCUAUUGAUAUUGAUGAAAAUGUUGGUUGCAAUAUCAGUAAGCAAAGUUCACUUGCAUGUUUAAUUCGGGACGCAAAAUUAAUUGUAUGGGUGAGGCAUCAAUGGCUAAAGGGAAAACGAUUGAAGCUUUUGAUUUACUUUUGAAGGAUCUAAUGGAUACUAAGAUGCUCUUUGAUGGAAAAGUAGUUGUGUAUGGAGGUUAUUUUAGACAAACUCUUUCAGUUGUUCGAAAUGAAAAAAAAGAAGACUUCAUUUCUGAAAGUUUACUAUACUCUAAAAUUUGGAAUCAACUAGCAAAAACUACAGCUAUCAGAGAAUAUGCGUGCAAGAACAAAUCCUAGAUUUUGUGAAUAUUUGAUGAGAAUUGGAAACGAAAAAGAAAGACUUGAUGCCCAGCAAAAAGUUCUAAUUCCUGACUCUUUGAUAAUUCCUUUUACAACUGAAGAAGAAUCCUUGAAUGAGUUAUUUGAGGUAACAUAUCCCAAUAAAGAUUCCUUAUUUCACGAUUCUUCGUCCAUAGCUUCUUGUGUGAUCUUGACAACAAAAAAUGAUUUUGUUCAUGAAAUAAAUGAUAUGCUCAUAUCUAGUUUCCCAAAAGAUGCUAGAACAUAUGUUACAAUUGAUGAAACUGUUGAACCGAAUGACCAAAGUCAAUUCGAAAAUUAUUUGCAUACUUUAAAUCCU